AUGGGACGGAGACGGAGGAUGGAAGUGGACACGCAUAGCAUCAAAGCUACACACACAGACACAGCCGACAGGAUGAGGAUCCACUCACCCGCUCUGCUCGUCCUCCUCCUCUGCUCUCUCCUCGCCGGCGCGGCCAACGCCGAGCCCUCUCCGGAACCAACGUACAAGGACUGCCACCCAGGCGACAAGGCGGCGCUGCUCGCCGUCAAGGCCGCCUUCGGGGAGGCCUAUGACUUCGCGUCCUGGAAGCCCGACAACUCCUGCUGCGACUGGUAG